CACCACACGAGAUUGAAGCUGGAGAAGAUUCGGAGAAAGAUUGGGAGAUUGCGUGGCGCAAGAGAAGAGGAAAGUUGCAGGUUUUUGGGAAGAGAAGGAAGUGAAAGGAAGCCUGGAGAAAAUGGCAUCUAGUGAUAAUGAACAUCCAAGGGAGGAAUCCAGAGAGAGAGACGAGGAGAGAACCCCAGAAAGAGAUGGAGGCAGACAAGGACGUGAUGACAAUGAUGAACUGGCAACUAGAUCCUUACGAAUUCAGUCAAAGCGUUACUAUGUUGAUGUGAAAGAAAAUAAGCGUGGCCGCUUCGUAAAACUUGUUGAGGGUCUUUCAAAUGGUGCCAAGAAUAGGAUGUCAUUCCCAAUGUCAGUUGUACCCGAAAUCCGAGACAAGUUGUCAACUUUUGCGGACUUUUAUGCAAAUAUGGAACCGAAUGCAGAACGUGAAAUACCAGAAGAUGGCAGGUUGAAAAGCGAUGAUUUGCGAUCUGGUCAACGCAGAGUAUAUUUUGACUUAAAAGAAAACAAACGCGGUGUGUUUUUAAGAAUAAGCUCCACUGCUACAUUUGGUGCACCACGACAAACAAUUGCUUUGCCUGCCCAAGGUAUUGUUGAUGUGCGCAACGUGUUAACCGAAUUCAAUGAUGAAUAUGGUGGCCAAGAAGUCGAUGAACCACCAGAGUUGCCAGAAUUCCAAGAAAUGAGAGUGGAACGAAAACGGUUUUAUUUUGAUUGUGGAAAUAACGAUCGUGGGUCUUUCUUACGAAUAUCUGAGGUGACAAGUAGAUACAGAAGCUCAAUCACUAUUCCAAAGCAAGGUUUAAGCAAAUUUAAAGAUAUACUAGAUAAUGUCAUAGAUAAAAUGGAAAGCACCUGAAGAAUCGGAAGUAAACAAUACGCUGCAUUAUGGAAUUGAAAUAUUCUUUAUUGAUUGAUAUGUAAUAGGUUGUUGUUUAAAGUUGCGUUGAAGCUUU